AUGUUGGUGGUCCUUCCUGGAUCCAGCGAGACACCCCCGCUGUCGCUCACGUCUGAGAAGAUUAAACUGCAGGUUACACAUUCUCGCGCGAUCACUCAGCGCAGGCCCUUCAUGUUCUUUGUCGUCUUCGGAUUAAGUCGCGGAUUAGGAUGGAUCACAGAGAGAUUUUAUGGAUUCGAAUUCAGUUUCUGUGUAGGUUUGGGACGUUUACACUUUAGCGAGCACCCUGACCUCCUGGCCAUGGUGAUGGGGGAUGUAUGUGGUCAAUCACUGGCGAGUCUCACUCUCGAGAUUGCCUGCGUCAUUGAGGCACUGUUGUUGAAGACGCACAUUCUCCAGCAGGAACAAGUCGAAGAGCCUAAAGACCGAGAACUGCCUGAUCCGAUCCAUGGACUCGGCUUUGGGAGAUUGCUUGUCGACAGCGCUGUUUGGUAUUUUGUUUGGUAUUUCCUUCCUCCUACUGUCCAGAAGCUUGUUGGCCCCAGCGCAUGCCUCGAGAAAAUCACCCUCUUCGCAGUACAUUGGAUAGUCAGCAAGUGGAUUCCUCGAAUCUAG